GUCCAAAUCCCAGAAGGAUCCCAUAACUACAAGGGCACCACGCACCACGGACCAACCACAAACCACCACCAUCACGGCCUGUGUGAGAGACUCCAUGCCGACGGCGUCGAUGCCUGCGGGAGAAUUAAACAACCACUCGCCGGCGGUGCCGGUGAUAUCUCCCGCCCAACCAUCACCUCCGCCUUUGUUUACCGACCCAAGUGAAGACGAAUCCUGGGUUUGGAACCAGAUCAAAGCAGAAGCUCGCAGGGACGCUGAGUCGGAACCCGCACUUGCCAGCUACCUCUACUCCACCAUCAUCUCUCACUCUUCCCUUGGACGCUCUCUCUCCUUCCACCUGGGUAACAAGCUCUCCUCUUCUACCCUUCUGUCUACCCUUCUCUACGACCUCUUCCUCAACUCCUUCAACUCUGAUCCGGUCCUCCGUGCCGCAACCGUUGCCGACCUCCGCGCCGCUCGUGUCCGCGACCCUGCCUGUGUCUCCUUCUCUCACUGCCUCCUCAACUACAAGGGCUUCCUAGCCUGCCAGGCGCAGCGCAUCGCUCACAAGCUCUGGAACCAGUCCCGCCGUCCCCUCGCACUCGCACUCCAUUCUCGAAUCGCUGAUGUCUUCGCCAUCGACAUUCAUCCGGCAGCUAAGAUUGGGAAGGGGGUUCUGCUCGAUCACGCCACUGGGGUUGUCAUCGGAGAGACCGCGGUGGUUGGGAAUAAUGUGUCCAUCUUGCAUCAUGUGACGCUGGGUGGGACUGGAAAGGCCGGAGGGGAUCGACACCCCAAGAUCGGUGAUGGGGUUCUGAUUGGAGCUGGAGCGACGAUUUUGGGGAAUGUGAAGAUCGGAGAAGGAGCGAAGAUUGGGGCAGGAGCGGUUGUUCUGAUCGAUGUUCCACCGAGGACUACGGCCGUGGGGAAUCCGGCCAGACUUGUGGGAGGGAAAGAGAAGCCUACGAAGCUGGAAGACAUUCCUGGGGAGUCCAUGGAUCAUACUUCCUUCAUCUCUGAAUGAGACAGAGCAACCUCCCUUUCAAGGUAUCAUAUUCCUCGCUCUUUUCGAUGUUGCCCAGAGAGGGAAAGUCUGUUUCUGGGCAAUCCAAAUAUGGCUUCAGAGACUCUGCAUCUUCGUUUCAUAUCACAGAGAAGAAAUUGUUAUUGAAGAUUUGUUUAGGGAUGAACAGUUCUUCCGAAACUUAUGGAUAAGUGAGUAUUGAGGUCCGGGGAAAUUGGAGUAAUGCAGAAAAUUUGGGAUUUCGGUUUUGGAGUCUACUGACCACACACAGAGAUGAUUUCUUUUUCAGAUUUGAUUUCCUUACACUUCCUAGAUAGCAACUUGGGUUUCUUUUUUUUCCCAAUUUCUUGGCGAUCUCUGACUUUUGGAGUUCUGUUUUUGUUUUUCAUCUUGUCUUAACAAACAUCUUUGGUCUGUGGAUGUGGAUGAAGAAGAUGUGGUCAAUACUGAAUUGGUUCCUUCUCAUUAUUUUAAUGGCAGAAAAGAUCUACUACUCUCUCUCUUAAGCAA